AUGGCAUCUAAAGCAGAAUUAUCUUGUGUUUACGCCGCUCUCAUCCUUGUUGAUGACGAUGUUGCCGUAACUGGUGAGAAGAUCUCUACCAUCUUGAAGGCGGCUAGCGUAGACGUCGAACCUUACUGGCCAGGUCUUUUCGCUAAGGCCUUAGAGGGAGUCAAUGUCCGUGAAUUAAUCACAAACAUCGGAUCUGGUGUGGGAGCUGCACCAGCUGUUGGUGUCGCACCUGCUGCCGCCGCCGCUGCACCCGCUGCUGAGGCCAAGGAAGAGAAGAAGAAGGAGGAAGAACCUGAAGAGUCCGACGAUGACAUGGGCUUCGGUCUCUUUGACUAA